CAGCCGGAGCGGGCAGAAUCGAAGAUGGAGUGGCCGUGAGGGUGGAAUUGGCCGUGCGCGCGCUGCCCUUGACCCUUCUCUCUCGUCAGGCUGCUGCUGUUUUGGCGCCCUCGCCAUGGAGACGGUGCAAAUGCGCCAUCCGCGCCGGCAGUUAAGGAAAUUAGAUGAAGAUAGUUUAACGAAGCAACCAGAAGAAGUGUUUGAUGUUUUAGAGAAGCUUGGAGAAGGAUCCUAUGGCAGUGUAUUCAAAGCUAUCCACAAAGAGACUGGUCAGGUGGUUGCAAUUAAGCAAGUACCUGUUGAAUCUGAUCUGCAGGAGAUUAUUAAAGAGAUAUCCAUAAUGCAGCAGUGUGAUAGUCCCCAUGUAGUCAAAUAUUAUGGCAGCUAUUUUAAAAACACGGACCUCUGGAUAGUCAUGGAAUAUUGUGGUGCCGGAUCUGUGUCGGAUAUCAUUCGACUGCGAAACAAAACGAUGUUGGAAGAUGAAAUAGCUACAAUAAUACAAUCAACACUUAAAGGAUUAGAGUACUUGCAUUUCAUGAGGAAAAUACAUCGUGACAUCAAAGCUGGCAACAUACUACUCAACACGGAAGGACAUGCGAAGCUUGCAGACUUUGGGGUAGCAGGCCAACUUACAGAUACCAUGGCUAAAAGGAACACUGUGAUAGGAACUCCAUUUUGGAUGGCACCAGAAGUGAUCCAAGAAAUUGGCUACAAUUGUCUUGCGGACAUCUGGUCUUUGGGCAUUACGGCCAUUGAAAUGGCUGAAGGGAAACCACCAUAUGCUGAUAUUCACCCAAUGAGGGCAAUUUUCAUGAUUCCUACAAAUCCACCUCCAACAUUUCGAAAACCAGAACACUGGUCAGAUGAAUUUACAGAUUUUGUAAAACAGUGUCUUGUGAAGUGUCCAGAGCAAAGAGCCACUGCUACACAGCUGCUUCAGCACCCAUUUGUUAAAAAUGCCAAAGGAGUUUUCAUUCUACGAGAUCUAAUUAAUGAGGCAAUGGAUAUUAAACUGAAAAUUCAGGAAGCUCAGCAGCGUGAGUUGUAUCAUGAUGAUGAAGAAAAUUCAGAAGAAGAUGAAACUGACUCUAGGACCAUGGUGCGGGCAAGGGGACAGGAGACGAGUACGAUCAGAACUGCUUGUGGAAUGAGUGAAGGCAUUAAUACCAUGAUAGAAUACAAUGACACUUUGGAAUCUCAACUGGGGACAAUGGUCAUAAAUGCAGAAGAUGAAGAAGAUGAAGGGACAAUGAAGAGAAGAGAUGAAACAAUGGAGUCCGUCAGACCAUCUUUCCUUGACUAUUUUGAACAAAAAGAAAAGGAGAAUCAGAGAAACAACUAUGGAAGACACGUGAAUGAAAGGCACCCCUCAGAAUGGAGAGUACCUCAGGAUGGUGAUUAUGAAUUUUUGAGGAACUGGACUGUGGAAGAACUUCAGAGGAGACUUGGUGCGCUUGACCCAAUGAUGGAGCAGGAGAUAGAAGAAGUUCGACAGAGAUAUCAAUCGAAACGGCAGCCAAUUCUUGAGGCCAUUGAAGCAAAGAAAAGACGCCAACAGAACUUCUGAGGAAUGCUCACCAGUAGAAUAGAUUUCCAUCACCCCUAACAAUAAACUGUGCUUUUACAACUCUAGAUGGAUUUCUGUUUAAAAUGUGUUAGCAAGGCAGAAGGCCAGCGUC